ACAAGUGUUGUGUGUGUUACAGAGGGCGAGGACUGCGUGAUCAGACACACAGCCUCAGCGGGUGUGUGUACACUGGGCUCCAAGUGUAUGCCUGCUUUAAAUGAUUACCAGAGGAACGGUAUCCCGCCGACGUUAUGUUCAGAGCAGCGGUUCCCGUUCCUCGUCUGCUGCACCGACCUCACGGCGUACACUCAGAAACCUGAUUUGGAGAAGACGACAAGAAGAAAAAGACUAAGCGAGAGAAAGUGCGAUGAAUACAACCAAAACAGGCCCGAAAACAUAAACACGCCAAAUUGCACUGACGACCAGGCCAUUGACAAAGCCAAGCGAGGGGAAUUCCCGCAUAUGGCUGCUGUGGGCUGGCGCUGGAGACCUGAAUCGAAAGAUAUCGUUGCUUCCUACUAUUUAUCGGUUGGCGUGGAUACCGGCACAUAUUUGCAUGAGGUUGGCGUGGACGGGCGGUAUUCGCGUGAGGCUAUCCAGAGCUGGCCGCGGCAUAUUCAGACGGCAUAUUUGUCUGCUGUGCGUUGGGAGGAGACGUAUGAGGAGACGUUCCGGGACUACGUCAAAUUUCUAUGUUCAGGCAGUCUCAUCAGCUCGCGGUUCGUGCUGACUGCCAAAUACUGUGCUCGCGAUUUCGUGCACUACCCACCGGACAUGGUCAGGCUGGGCGCCUUGGACUUCUUCUGGGAGAACAGCACUUCAGUCUUCACCUCUGAAUCCAUCGAUGGAGACGUGCCAGUUAAAACCGUCCACGUGCAUCCAGAAUACAAUUCUUCUGUAGACCACAACUACAUAUGGUUGCUGGAGUUGGAAGCAGAUGUGAACUUCAACGAUAACAUUCGCCCGGCGUGUCUGUGGACCGAGCCUGACUUACCGUGGUAUAGCAAGGCCAUAGCCACGGGUUGGGCAUUCGCUAACUUACCCAAUCAUCCACGAGACCCAUUCAGCACACUCAUAAAGAUGCCGUACACUCUUCUGGAGUCAGACUCAUGCAACGAAACUAUGAAGGGAUAUUACCGCGAGUGGGGCGUUUCUAGAGGAGCCUGCAUCAGUGAAGACCCAAAAGCAUUAUACGGCACGUGCAAGGACAGAGAGGGUUCGCCGCUGCAGGUGAUGGUGCACUCCGACAAGUGCAUCGUCCACGUGGUGGGCGUGUUGGAGUUGCCGUCAUGGUGCGUGGACAUGGAACAGAACGACGUGUACACACCCGUGUACAGCCAAUUGGACUGGAUCGAAGGAACUGUAUGGCCCGGCGAACAGUGACGCGUUCAUCAUCAAGAUUAACAGCCGAUGGAUGUCCACUGGACAUAGACCUCUUGCAUGGACUUCGAAACAAAACGGAUUUGAGGUCGCCAUUCCAGCACAUUGGCACCCCAACGUCCAUCGGCUCUUGGAACUAUAUCCUCUGCCACUUCAGCUAUAAGACCCGUUACU